AAAGUAUGUCAUUGUGGAAAGGUCAAGUUGCUGAUACGAAAAAUAUUGUUAUUCAAGAUGAUGACGACGAUGACUGGGAUACUGAUGCAGAUUUUGUGAAUGAUAUUUCCGAAAAAGAUCAGCGCUGGGGAUCAAAAACAAUAGAAAACUCUUUAAAUACUGAUAGAACAGUAGAUGUCGGAGCUAUUAGACAAGAUGUGGUUGACAAGCAUGAGCAAAGCGUUAAAGCGCAGUAUUUGAAAGGACCCAAAGGUUCAGAUGGAUACGGAGGAAAGUUUGGAGUACACAAAGAGCGAAUGGACAAGAGUGCUGUUGCCUACUCACAUGUCGAGGAACUGAAGGAACAUUCCUCUGUCACUGACUCUUCUAAAGGAUUCGGUGGAAAGUACGGUGUUUUGAAGGACAAUAAGGAUUCUAGUGCGGUAGGUUACGAGCACCAGGCCGAGCUAAGUAAACACGGCUCACAAACUGACGCUGCUAAAGGAUUCGGGGGAAAGUUCGGAGUACAGAAAGACAGGCAAGACAAGAGUUCAGUAGGUUACGACCACCAAUCAGAGAUAAGUAAGCACUCCUCUGUUACUGACUCUUCUAAAGGAUUUGGAGGAAAGUUCGGAGUACAGAAAGACAGGGUCGACAAGAGUUCAGUUGGUUACGAGCACCAGGCCGAGCUAAGUAAACACGGCUCACAAAGUGACGCUGCUAAAGGAUUCGGGGGAAAGUUCGGAGUACAGAAAGACAGGCAAGACAAGAGUUCAGUAGGUUACGACCACCAAUCAGAGAUAAGUAAGCACUCCUCUGUUACUGACUCUUCUAAAGGAUUUGGAGGAAAGUUCGGAGUACAGAAAGACAGGGUCGACAAGAGUUCAGUAGGUUACGAGCACCAGACCGAGUUAAGUAAACACGGCUCACAAACUGACGCUGCUAAAGGAUUCGGGGGAAAGUUCGGAGUACAGAAAGACAGAGUAGAUAAGUCCGCACAUAGCUUUGGAGAGAGAACCGACACUUCUGCUCAGUACCAAACAAAAGUUGAUGUCAAGGGAGAUGUUAAAAACUUCCGUUCAAGAUUCGAAAACUUCGGGGCAGCUGCAGAGGAGGAAAAUAAACGGAAAGUCGAGGAAGAGAAAAGGAAGAGAGAUGCUGAGUUUAAACGGGGAGUUGAGGCAUCGAAAAAGCAGGAGGCUGCAGCAGAAGCACAGAGAGCAAAGGAAGAAGAAGCGAGAAGAGAAGGUGAAGAAAGAAGAAGAGGGGAAGAGGAGAGAAGGGAGGCUGAAGCUAACCGACUAGGCGCAGAAAGAGAGCAACAAAAACUUGAAGAGCAACGAUCAGCAGCAGAGGAGCAGAGGAGAAUCGAGGACGAAAAUAGGUCUCGAGAAGAACAAGCUUUCGAACAAAAACGUCGUGAGGAAGAAGAAAGAAGAUUAGAGAUACAGCGUGGUCGGGAAGAAGAGAAACGAAGAGCUGAGGAACAACUACGAGAAGACGAAAGAAAUAGGGGGGACGAAGAGAGAAGGAGGGUAGAGGAAGACAGAAUCGCUGAAGAAAGAAGGAGAGAUGAGGAAAGAAGAAUUGCAGAAGAGAAGAGAAUAUCAGAAGAGAGAAGAAUUGCACAAGAGAAGAGAAUAUCAGAAGAGAGAAGAGUUGCGGAAGAAAACAGAAUAGCAGAAGAGAGAAGAGUUGCGGAAGAAAACAGAAUAGCAGCAGAACUAGCUGCACAACAACAACAACAACAACAAGUUAGCCCUAAAAGUGGGGGAAAGCAGGCUAAAGCUAUCUACGAUUAUGUAGCAGGAGAUGAUGAUGAAGUGUCCUUCUCAAUGGGAGAUCUUAUCACGCAGAUAGAGAUGAUUGAUGAUGGCUGGGCAACUGGCUCACUUAACAGCAAAUCUGGAAUGUUCCCUAUUGGCUAUGUAGAGAUGGUAGAGGACGUGUCCCCAAGUAAACCUACUCGCACCAUUUCCCAAUCACAACCUACACCACAACCACAACCGGAACCUUCUCUUGCGCCCCUAGAUAAGGGGCUGAGUGGGACUGCUGUCUACGAUUACGAUGCAGCGGAUUCCGACGAGAUCUCGUUUGCGGAAGGAGAGGAGAUUACCAAUAUUGAGAUGCCAGAUCCGGGAUGGUGGAUAGGAAUUUGUCGAGGAAAGAGAGGAAUAUUUCCUAAAGCAUAUGUUCAACUAAGUGAUGUACAGGAAGACCUAGGAAAAUGCGGCACUGCAAUAUAUGACUAUGAAGCAGCUGCUGAAGACGAAACAAGCUUGACAGAAAGUGGAAGAGUGACAAAUAUCGAGAUUAUUGACGAGGGCUGGUGGAUUGGGAUUAGCGAUGGGAACAAAGGGAUGUUCCCCUCCUCAUACGUCCAACUUGAUUAAAAAACUGUAAUGACAUGGACUUUUUCACAUUUUGAAUCGGUAGAUUCGUUGGACGUCUGUGUUUAUUCGUGAAUUUGUAUACAUAAUAUUUCGAUUCAAUGCAGUAUUUUUAAAAGGGUGACUGAUACGGGUCUUUAAUUGAUUUUUUAUAGAAGAUGUGUUUGAUGAAAAGUAUGUCCCCUUAUUAUUAUCAUUUGAUUUUAUGUAAGCACUCUCUAAAAUAUUUAGUCCAUUAUCUAUCUACAAAUAAAUAUAGAUUCAAGUUUCUAGGGGCUGCAUUCUCAUGGUCUCAGAAUCCUGUUAAUAACGUCACUAAAAUCAGAUCACGAUUAUAAGAGAGUAGAUACCAUUAUCAACUUGUUUUAACAGAAUUGUUAUUUUGAUCACGUUUGUAAAUAAAGAGCAAGGAAAUGUGUGGCAUUUAAACACUAUUUUUUAUGAUUGUUUGAUGUGUAUUUUAUGUCAUUUUCUCUUUUAUCCCUACAAUCAAA